UUUCACAAACUUCUUUUCUGAGAAUCGUUUGCACAGCAGCACAUCGGCAGCAGUUCGUUCUUUGUGCUUCUCAAGAACAUAAUGGAUAUUCAGGAAUACUUCAAAAGAAUCGGAUUCAGUGGAGUGUAUGAGAAACCCGAUCUGGCCACGCUCCACAUAAUCCACAAACUGCAUGUGAUGAGCAUUCCAUUCGAGAACCUCAGCACCCACUGUGGAGAGCAAAACACCUUGGACCUGCAGAUAAUUUAUGAGAAGAUUGUGAGAAAUCCUCGUGGAGGAUCAUGCCUCGAAAGCAACCUGCUCUUCUCCUGGUUGCUGAAAGAGAUGGGCUAUAAAUGCACCAUGCUGGGCUGUAAAGUCUUCAACGUAUUUACAAAUGAAAAAAGCAUCUUGGAUGAACAUCUCAUUAACCUGGUGGAGAUCGAUGGCAAGCGGUAUAUCACUGAUGUGAGUUUUGGAUUUUUGUGCCAAAUCUGGUACCCAGUAGAAAUGAUCUCAGGUAAAGAUCAAGAGCAGCCGAUGGGGAUUUUCCGUCUGCUGAACGAUGGUGAGACCUGGACCUUGGAGAAGACUGGAAGGAAGGUGGUUUUCCAGAAUGAAGCCUUUGCCAAUUCCAGAUACGCUGACAAGAAACUGACAAAAUCAGCUUACUCUUUUGUGUUAACACCACGUGGGAUUGACCAUUUUUUGAACACAAGCAAAUACCUGCAGACCAGCCCUGAGUCUAUGUUCACCCAGAAAUACAUUUGUUCCCUCCAGACUCCCACUGGAUUCAGAGCUCUGACUGGAUGGAGGUACAUGGAAGUCACACUUGACCUAGAGGAAGACACAGAAAUCAUCGAGAUUAAAGAUUUAGCUGACAGUGAGAUAGAGACUACACUUAAAGAAAAGUUUAAUAUUGUUUUAACUAAUAAACUGACACCAAUCAACAAAAAAGAUGAACAUAAAAAGUAGGAUUCAGUAUGUAUAGAGUGUGCUGAUCUUUUAUCACACAUAUCUCUACUGAUUUAAUAAUACUACAUUUUAUUUGUCAGUUUAACAAACGGAACGUUAAAUGUAUAUCUAGCUGUUGGGAACGUAUUUGGGUAAAUUUACUUAAGUUGUAACUUAACUUCUGAUUUAUUUGCUUAAAAAAGUCACUUGCCAAAUAACACCAACAGUUUACACAAAUAAAACUUCAGA